AAAGCAAGAGGCAAAACUAUUUCAAUUAUAAUAUAAAAAAAAACAUGUCUGUAAUUUGUUUAAUAUGCCGUCAACGAUAUGAAGAGAUAAUAACGAAUUCAUUUUUUAAUCCAGUCUAUGAAGGACUUAGUAUAUCUAAUAUAUUAAAAUCUGUAUCAACACUACAGAUAGAUGAGAAUAAAAAACAGUCAAGCAAUAUUUGCGAAGAAUGUACAAGUGUAAUUAUAAAUUUUUACAAAUUAGUUAAGUCAUAUAAUAAUAGAGAAGCUGUGUUAAAUGAUUCAACCAAACAAGAACAUUACUUUAUAGAGGAACAAGACUAUGAUAAUUAUGUUGAAUGUGAAACAGAAUCCUACAAAGAAAAUAGUGACCAAGAAGAUAAGCAAAUUACAACACACACACAAGAUUGGGCAGAAGGUCACAAGACUCAAGAAGACCUAGAAUCAAAAUUUCCAAAGAUUAAAGAAAAUUCUCCUGUACCUGAAGAAAAGAUUAAUGCAAAAGUGUUUGAUGAAAUGGGCAAUGAGGAAAUAUCUUCUGUAAAGUACACUUGCGAUGAAUGUGGAGAUUCAUUUUUAUAUAAAGUAGGGUUUAGCUCACAUAUGGUUCAAAAACACAGUAUAUACAUCGAAAAUCACAUGUAUUCCCAAUACAGUACACAAAUAACAGUUAAAAUACCUGCUCCUAAGGGCAUCACAUUUGCUAGAAAGUACCAUAAUAAAAAGAAUACUAAAAUAUUAACUGAAAGUUUUCAAUGCCAAAUAUGUAAAGAGCAUUCAAAGUCAGCUGAUGAAUUAAAAGAACAUUAUAACACACACAAAACUCAUAUUUGUGAACACUGUGGAGCAGCAUUUUUGAAACAUUCUUAUUUAAGAGAGCACCUUGUAGCUCAUACCACAGAAAGACGAUAUCCAUGUGAUAUUUGUGGGAAGAAAUUUAAGUACAGAAAUGGAUUAUCUGUUCACAGAAAUAUUCAUGUAAACUUUCGAGGUUUUAUGUGUGAAACUUGUGGAAAAGGCUUUAAUGCUAGAAGUACCCUCAAAACACAUAUGAAAUUAAAGCAUACAAAUGAAAGAAAUUAUCCAUGUCCAGAAUGUGAUUUAUCAUUUAAAGUCAAGUCUUGGUUGGAUAAACAUUAUUCAAGGAAACAUACUUUAAAUAGAACUAAAGAUUUCGUAUGUAAUGUAUGUGGUAUGGCAUACUUAAAUAAAACAACUUUGACAAGACAUAUAUCAGAAAAGCAUACUGGUACACCUGUAAGACAUUAUUGUACAAUUUGUGAAAAGAGUUAUAGUAUGAAAAACAAAUUAAGUUUACAUCAGCAGAAAAAACAUGGAAUUAUUUUAAAUACUCCAUCCCAAGUUUUAUUAUAACAUCUUUAAUUAGUAAGUUUUAUCAGGACUUAUAAUAUGGCUAAAAUAAAUUGAACCAUGAGAUGCGCACUAACUUCUUAGAGAGGGAAUGCAUAAUACUUGUUUCAUUGACUAUUGUUGCAGCAACUAUACACAAAAGUGUAUACAUUUAAACUGUAAUAUAA